UAAAACAUAACAGAAAGGAAGAAGAAACAUAAAAUAAAAAAACAUAAAAAUGGCGAAAGAUAGGAAGAUCGGGGUGGCGAUGGAUUUCUCCAAGAGCAGUAGAGCGGCGCUGCGGUGGUCAAUCGACAAUUUAGCUGAUUCAGGCGACACUUUCUAUAUUCUACACAUCAAAUCCAGCUCCCACGACGAAUCCCGCAGCAAACUCUGGUCGAAAUCCGGUUCUCCCCUAAUUCCAUUGGUGGAGUUUCGUGAGCCGGAGGUGAUGAAGAAGUACGAAGUUCCGAUCGAUAUUGAAGUUCUCGACAUUCUCGACACUGCUGCCAGACAGAAAGAGAUAACAGUGGUGACGAAAUUGUACUGGGGAGAUGCGAGAGAGAAGCUUUGUGAAGCUGUUGAAGAUUUGAAGCUGGAUUCUCUGGUUAUGGGUAGCAGGGGCCUCUCAUCCAUUAAGAGGAUAAUCUUGGGGAGUGUGACUAACUACGUGAUGACAAGUGCAAACUGCCCAGUAACCAUAGUUAAGGACCCAGAUUUUCACAAGAAUUGAUCCUCAAAAUUACUCCUCGUCUCCAUCCAGCUUUUAAUAAAUUGCAGAUUUGCCCCCCCCCCCCCCCCGCCUCUUUUUUUGGAUGAUUUGUAUAAAUGUCUGAUCAGAUGUUUGGUACUGUAUUCAUAAAUAUUUGGUGUUGCAACAUUUAAUUCGAGUGUAUAUUUUCUGACCAAUCUGAAUUUCAGAAAAGGCCUGAGGAUAAUGCAGAUAAUUUGUGGGAAAAUAAAGUUUCAUCCCUUAAGUUUGAACAGAUUUCA